UGGCACUCGCUCACUCUCUUCCGCACGCCUCCCCGUCCCGUGGCCGUUGUUCAGACUUCAGAGGCCACUCCCCACGGGCUCCACGACCCCACGCGCUCCUCGCCGCGCCGCCGCGGCUUGCCAACCCUAACCGAACUCGCGGGACGCGAGAGCGGGAGCAUCCAUGGAAGACGUCCGCAAAAGGGGCACGGCCGACGGCGCCAACGGGGCCUCCGCCGGCGGGAAGCGCGCGCGAGAAUCGGAGUCAUUUCAAACUGGUGUAGGAAGCAAAACGAAGCCAUGCACCAAAUUUUUCAGUACCUCUGGUUGUCCCUUUGGCGAGGGCUGCCAUUUUCUCCAUUGCUUCCCUGGCGGCUACCAGGCAGUUUCAAAGAUAACCAACCUGGGUGGCCCAGCAGUUACACCUCCUGGAAGAAUGAUGAUGGACGGGCCACCUACACCCACCAUGAAGACUCGCUUGUGCAACAAGUACAAAACUGCAGAUGGAUGCAAAUGGGGGGACAAAUGCCACUUCGCACACGGUGAAAGGGAGCUUGGCAAGCCUAUGUUGAUGGACAGCUCUACGCACUUCCCCAUGGGACCAGGACCCACUGGUCACUUUGCACCUCCGCCUAUGGUCAACCCUGGCAUGGCCACUCCAGCAAGCUUUGGUGCUUCUGCCACAGCCAAGAUCAGUGUUGAUGCAUCCCUUGCUGGUCGCAUCAUUGGGAGGGGUGGAGUUAACACAAAGCAGAUAUCUCGAGUCACUGGGGCCAAGCUGGCCAUCCGGGACCAUGAAUCAGACACCAAGUUGAAAAACAUCGAGCUUGAGGGCACCUUUGAUCAGAUCAAGAAUGCUAGCGCUAUGGUCGGGGAGCUGAUUGUCAACAUCAGUGGCAGUGCCCCUCCACCAGCAAAGAACCCAGCUGGAGGACCUCACCGUGGAGGCUCAGGAAGCAACUUCAAGACCAAGAUGUGUGAGAACUUUGCAAAAGGGUCGUGCACUUUUGGUGACAGAUGCCACUUUGCCCAUGGUGAAAAUGAGCUGCGCAAGCCUGCUGCUGCUUGAGAUCCAUGUCUUUGUCAGUACUUUGUAGUGAUUAGUCAAUGUAACUCAAAACUUGAUCUUGGAUGAUGGAUUUGCUGACUUCUUUAGGCCUAUGCUACUGAAUCUGUUUUCUGUUUUUCUUCUUGAACGUUCUAUUGUGACCUGUUUUGGGAGCCUGGUGGUUCUUCUACCCAUCCCUUUCUUCUUGAAGGUUC